GCUCAGUGAGAACGCACCCUUAGCGACGAUUUGUGACUGGUGCCGCCAGCUCGCCGCUCAUCACCUGCGUUUCGGAAUACACAUAUACAUAUUGACAUAUUGCGCUUUAUCAUCCAAAUCAGCUGUUUGAAGGUUCUCCGCAAAAGACCUACGUAUAAUUUCGUACCGAAGGAAGGUGCAAUCUACACUAUAUUUAAUUUAAUCAACGCAUUAGCAUUAGUCAAAGUGGACCCAUUCUGAGAGCCGCUAACCCUUUGAAAAAGAAGAAGAUUGGACACUCGUGACAGUCCUCGUGUACGCUUAUCGCCGUUAUCGGUGGGAUCAUCUUUGCUGUGUGUGCCCUCCAUGCCAGGCGUGUUAUGAUUUCGGGAAGAUGUAGUUCAAUAUCACUUCGCUGCAUAUCUGAGCUAUCUAAGAAACAGUGCAAUACAGGAGCAUACGGGUGUCGUAAAAAUUUUCAUCUCAUCCAAAGUACUCUACUCCCUAUUGAGCGCAAAAUGAAGAAGUCUUCAGAUUCCUUCUUGUCAUCCCUCAAGAAGGCAUCGACAUCUCGACAGGAUAGCAAAAGUUCCGACGUGCCUAAGCCUGAAGUAAAGAUGAAUCGCCUGAGAUUGGAGAAAUCACCGUAUCUAUUGCAACAUGCAAUCAAUCCCGUGGACUGGUAUUCCUGGGACGACGAGGCUCUGGAAAAGGCAAAGAGGGAGAACAAGAUAAUUUUCGUGUCAAUCGGCUACGCUACGUGCCACUGGUGCCACGUGAUGGAGAAGGAAUCAUUUAUGAGCGAGGAAGUUGCAAAAAUCAUGAACGAGAACUACGUUAGUAUCAAAGUGGAUCGAGAAGAGAGGCCUGACAUCGACAUGAUGUGCAUGAUGUUUAUUCAGAGAUUGAGAGGCCACGGCGGUUGGCCGCUGAACGUUUUUCUGACGCCGGAUUUGAUGCCGAUAACGGGCGGAACGUAUUUCAGCCGUGAAAUGUUUACGCUGUAUUUGACACGAAUUGUGAAGGAGUGGACGGAAGGGAGAGACAAAAUGGUUAAAUCUGCCGCUACCAUAGCAGAACGUUUGAAGGAAUUGGCCACGAGCAGGCACGACAUAAAAGACGAUGGAGUUCCCGCGAUUGACUGCGCUUUCUUGUGCGCUCACAUCCUAUUGAACAUAUACGAUUCGGAUGACGGCGGGUUUGGCAGUUCAGCCGCUAUGAGUCCGAACUCGCCGAAAUUUCCCGAGCCGAGCAACUUGAAUUUUCUCCUCAGAAUGCAUGUUCUAACUACUUCCGCCAUGUUGGUCGAGAUGACUUUAAAUGCAUGUCUGAAUACCUUGAAGAAAAUGGCCUAUGGUGGAAUUCACGAUUUCAUAGGAAAAGGAUUUCACCGGUACACCGUCGACUCUCAAUGGAAAGUUCCUCAUUUCGAGAAAAUGCUUUACGAUCAGGCUCAGUUAAUACAAUGCUACGCCGACGCGUAUCUCAUCACAAAAGAUUCCUUUUUUGCCGAUAUUGUAGAGGACAUCGGAUCGUACGUUCUACGCAUGCUGCAACAUCCGGAAGGUGGCUUCUUCAGCGCGGAGGAUGCGGAUUCGCUACCUACGGCUGAUGCCACAGUGAAACGGGAGGGAGCGUUUUAUGUUUGGACCUAUGACAAUCUUAAGAGUGUUUUAAAAAAGAAAGUACCUGGUAAGGACAAUGUUACGUAUUUUGACCUUGUCUGCCGACAGUUCUCAGUGCGGAAGGAGGGAAAUGUGGAAAGGCCACAAGAUCCUCAUGGCGAGCUUACAGGCAAAAAUGUACUUUCGAUGCAGUCGGGGGUGGAAGACACCGCUAGCCAUUUCAAGUUUAGCGCAGAGGAGACACAGAAAUAUCUUAAACAAGCCUACGAGAUGUUGUACGAAGAGAGAGAACGUAGACCGCGUCCUAGCCUGGACGACAAGAUCGUCACAGCAUGGAACGGUCUCAUGAUAAGUGGCCUUGCGCGUGCUGGAAUAGCCGUAAAAAAUAAGACGUAUGUUGAUGCAGCGACGGAAGCUGCCAGAUUCGUGGAGAAAUAUCUGUUUGAUGAAGAUAAACGUGUACUACUUCGCAGUUGUUACCGCAGGAAGGAUAACGACGAAAUUGUACAAAGGAAUGUCCCGAUACCUGGCUUCCAUGAGGAUUACGCGUUCUUCACGAAGGGAUUGCUCGAUUUGUACGAGGCCACCUUCGAUACGCAUUGGCUCGAGCUUGCUGAAAAACUGCAGGAUAUCGAAAACCGAUUAUUUUGGGAUCGGAAUGACGGCGGUUACUUUGCUAUGGCCAAGGAGCCGAUACUCGCACAAACGAAAGACUCUGACGAUGGCGCGCAACCAUCCGGCAAUUCAAUUGCAUGUUCGAAUCUGCUGCGCCUAGCGAUUUACUUGGAUCGCGACGAAUUCAAGAAUAAAGCUGAAAAACUUCUGUGCGCGUUCGGCAACAAACUUGUGAACUGUCCAGCUGCGUGUCCACAAAUGAUGUUAGCGUUGAUCGAAUAUCAUCAUCCGACGCAGAUUUAUAUUGCGGGCAAAGCGGAUUCCGAGGAGACGAUUAAGAUGCUGGAAAUAAUCCGCUCGCGUCUGAUACCUGGUAGAGUGCUUAUAUUAGCCGAUUCCGACAACAACAUACUGGCCCGUAAGAAUAUGAUUGUUAAAAAACUGAAGCCGGAGACAUUUGCAAAGCGGACGACGGUCCUCGUAUGCCGCGAUCAUUCGUGCACUCUACCCAUUACAGAGCCUGACGUUCUGAUUUCUGAGUUAAAUAAAAAGGUGUUUACCGACUUAUAAAUGGUCCCGCGUUACAAUGUAUAUUACAACAUGCGUCGGUCAUGUGUCGGCGGAGCAACGAAAUGGGGAAAGACCGCCGAAAAUAAUACAAUGUUAAAUAGUGCAAUCUUUUAGCUCGUAGAUUAGUACACUCGCUAGCACGAUUGAGUACAACAUUGGUAAGCACAAAUAAAUAAUCGGCAGCGAUGUUACAACUGAUAAACUGAUGUAUAGAUAUUCGUAAGAUAGAAAAAAAAGAAGAGUUUUAGUUGUGAUUUUUUAGAAAUUGAGAAAUAUGUCUCAAUCCAAAAAAAGGGGGGGGGAGAUCAUGUAGCUUGUACAUGUACUUCUGUACUUUAAUGUGAAAAUACGAUUUUAAUGCGUGAAUUCUACUAAUUAUAUUCUAAUAUUCUGUAAAUUUAUGGGGAUGUAACAGUGAUAAACCAGUUACACCAUUCU